AUGACGGCGGAAGACGCCUACGAGAGGCUGUCCGAUGGUAACACAAAGAUGCACGUCGGCAGAACCGGGUUUGAGAAGAGGAAGGAGAAUAAGGAGACUCGGGUGCAGCAAAGAAGUAAAGGCGUAUAA